UUUUUUUGCUACGUCGCAUGUGUUUUGUAUUGUUCGUGUGUGUUUUUUAACGGAACGUUUGGAUGUCGCUAUGUUGAAGGUCCCUUGUCGGCCCCGCUCACCAAAAACACAGCGCAGGUGAACAAAUCAAACGCACCUCCGCGAAACCAGGAAAUGGGAGGUGUCACGUGACCGUGUUUACUUCAAAUUAGACUGAAUAAACUUCUCCUCGGAGCAACAAAUGUUUCAUCUUUGACGAGCGUGUCCACCGACGGGUGAGCAAGUGAGUUGGACAGCUGAUAAAGAUGAGCAUCUUUCAAGACCGAGCACAACAAUUGGUGGCUGCUUAUGGUCGCACGUUGGAGCAGCAGAUGGUGAAGCGAGGCUCUUACCUGGCGUGUGGAGACGAGGAGCUGUGGAAGCAGGUGGAAGCGUUACUGAGGGAGGACAAUGCUUCGCAAACACACUGCUUGGGUGUGGAUGUUCUGAAGGUGAUGGAGGAGUCACUGAAAAUAAAGACUCCAAGAGCAGGCAGCGGCAAACAAGUAAGAGCAAGAGGAGGUCUGCAAGGUCUAAAUAAAGCUUUUGAGGUUCUGGAACAAGCUGCUCUAAACCUCUACCUCGGACCCUGGAGGGAGGAGUACAAGGAAGUCAAGAUGUACUCGGGCAUGUUCACACACUACAUCAAACCCGUGCUGUCCGCCACACAAAUCGAGAAACUUUUCGGUUUGCUGGGAUACCAGUACUCGGCGCGGCGGGAGCAACUUCAGCUCCAGUCCCUCAGAGUCAGCCCGGACAUUUUGGACAAUCUUCUCCACCUGUCCUGCGCCUUCUUCCUGGCCCGCUGCGAGUGCCGCCUCCUCCUGGCAGCCCUGGAGAAUGACGGCGGUGACGCCCAGUGGGAGCUGUGUGUGGUCAGAGAGAGGCAGCGGGGACACAGUCUCAAGGUUGCGCUGGACAACACAAAGAGGAUGAUGGGAGUCAAGCAGCCGCUGAUGGAGUCUGAUGCAGAGUCUGAAGUGGAUCUGUACACAGACGGGCAGGUUAACCAGGGCCAGAGGGUGAUGGUUGUUCGCGAUGAUGACAGUUCGCAAAUGCCCGCGUGGGACGUCGGCAACAGCGGAUCUUUGUCCUUCCAAGCCGCGGGAGAACGUUCUUGCGUUUCAACACUCAAAUGCCAGCUCAGCAGUAAGUUAGAAGCAGAAGCAGGCGGAGGCUCCUUAGUUAGUGUGAGGCAACACAUGUCUGCUGGUGAGGAGUCUGUUGAUGCAGAGUUCCAACCCCACAGUCUACAAGUUGGCAUGACCGAGGCGGAGAGGGGCAACAUUUGCAGUUGCCUCCGAUCCCCUCACUUCUACCUCAAGCAGUGCAUUGAGUGCAACGCUCUCCAUGACACCUCCUGUGCUGUGCUCCAGCGUUGCUCCCAGGAAGGCCACCAGCUGCAUCCCCCUGACAUGAUAAAGGAAUCGACGGCGCCUCCAAGCCACAAUGCCAGAACACCAGAGCCAGCCUUCAGCGGCAGCAGUGCAGACAUAGCGGCUUUAUCUCUGAGCGACAAGCCCAAGUCUCUGAGCAUCAGCCAUCCUCCAAUCAGCUACCACGAUUGCUGCAACGGCAGCCGCCGCGACCCUGCGGUCGCAUGUCUCACCUGCCGUCUUUUCCACAAAGCGUCUUGCAAAGACGUCAAGAUGUGCCAAGGUCAGCACUCGCUGAAACCCCUGGGUCUGUGCGCCUGUGGGAGAAAGUGCUCCAGGAAGCCAAUGGUUCUGUGCUGUCACUGCGGGAACGAGUUCUGUAAAGACUGCUGGUACUUAAAUCCUUGCAUCUGCACCUGCGGCCAAACGUUGGAACCGUCAUCGUCUGUGUGAUUCGUGUUAAACCGCUUUGGUAUUGUGCCUUCAAUGCCCAUAAAUGUUGCCUUUUCUCGAAAGACAAAUGCAGUGUGAUGUUAUUUUAUGUUUAUACUUAAAUUUUUAACACAAUUGAAGUCUUUGAAUGGACUUUUUUUAAUAUACAUAAAAUUGUUGGGAUGUCUGCUUAGUCACAGGAGUUUGUAAAAUGUCUUGUUCUCGUCUGAAACAAGUUAAUUGUAUUAAAUGCAAAGUUUAUAUGGGAAACUACUUGAUUAUAUGUUUAAUAAAAUCACAAGCACAUACAGUAUAAAUAUCUCAAAUUGUCUGUUAGUCCAGUCACACCAAGGCUGCAUCUCAAAUGAAAUCACUUAUCAGUACACUUCAAUAAGUAUACUGUGCAGUGUUAUUCAGGGCUGGAAUGGUUUGGAACUUCUCACGGUUUGUGGUCACAAUUUCUGGUUCAGUAUGCUUUGUUGUUUUUAACUGCCCACAAUACCAUCAAUGAUGUCAUGUAUCGUUACAGAACUGCCAACAUUUGGUGUUUGCAAUCCAGUAGAUCUGCUUCAUGCACUUUUGUCUAAGCUCCAUACUUAGAAAAUACUUCAUUAGAGUGCUGUGCUUUUGAGACUGUCAGGAUAGAUUGCAGGUGUUCCUUUGUGAGACGACUCCUGCACUGAUUUUAAAGAUAAUAUACACAUCAUUGCACAUCUAACAGUGGCGGGCCAUGCGUUUCUCACCUAGGCCUUCAGUAAUGUCCGACGUCACCUCUCAAAAUACCGUAAUUUAUGUCACCACAUGGACACGGCUGGAGAUACUACCAUAUUUUUCGGACUAUAAGUCGCAGUCUUUUUCAUAGUUUGGCCGGGGGUGCAACUUAUACUCAGGAGCGACUUAUGUGUGAACACGUUACCGUAAAAUAUCAAAUAAUAUUAUUUAGCUCAUCCACGUAAGAGACUAGACGUAUAAGAUUUCAUGGGAUUUAGCAAUUAGGAGUGACAGAUUGUUUGGUAAACGUAUAGCAUGUUCUAUAUGUUAUAGUUAUUUGAAUGACUCUUACCAUAAUAUGUUACGUAAACAUACCAGGCACGUUCUCAGUUAAUAAUAAUAAUAAUACCUGGGAUUUAUAUAGCGCUUUUCUAAGUACCCAAAGUUGCUUUACAUGUAGAACUCAUCAUUCAUUCACACCUGGUGGUGGUAAGCUACUUUCAUAGCCACAGCUGCCCUGGAGUAGACUGACGGAAGCGUGGCUGCAAUUUGCGCCAACGGCCCCUCCGACCACCACCUAUCAUUCAUCAUUCAAUUCACCGGUGUGAGUGGCACCGGGGGCAAAGGGUGAAGUGUCCCGCCCAAGGACACUACGGCAGCAAUUUUUGGAUGGUAAGAGGUGGGGAGCGAACCUGCAACCCUCAGGUUUCUGGCACGGUUGCUCUACCCACUGCGCCAUGCCGCCUCAGUUGGUUAUUUAUGCGUCAUAAAUUUGCACUUAUUAUUCGCACACUUAUUCAGCCUGUUGUUCACUAUUCUUGAUUUAUUUUAAAUUGCCUUUCAAAUGUCUAUUCUUGGUGUUGGGUUUUAUCAAAUAAAUUUCCCCCAAAAAUGCGACUUAUACUCCAGUGCGACUUAAAUGUUUUUUUCCUUCUUUAUUAUGCAUUUUCGGCCGGUGCGACUUAUACUCCGGAGCGACUUAUACUCCGAAAAAUACAGUAUACAGAAACACACUUGCACGCUACUGACCAUUGAAUCCCCUCAACAGUGUACAAAACUGUCUAUUUUUUGGCGCCUUUAACAUUCAAUAAACCCGCUUCAGCAAUUAAAACAUAUAUGUGGUACUGUCAAAAUUAAAAGAAUUGUGAAAUGAAACAUGAAAAAAUAAAAUAUUUGAACUCACAAUUUAUAGCACCCAUUCGACGCCGUAUAAGCCAGUGGUACCGUCGUAGUUAGUAGUUGAUCGUGGUCGGUUGAUUCAUGUGAAAGUCGCGGGCAAAACAUCUCACCACCGGGAUAGCUUCCGGUGUUGGCCGACCUCGUCUUACAAGAUGUAGUUUCUCUUCAGUAUCCUUCUUGAAAAUGGCCUUGCAAAUAUAUAUCUGCCACUUAAUCAACAUUUUGCACUCCUUAAGUGAGUACCGGUGAGUUUUCUAUGGCUUUCUAUGGCUUCGGUGCCACUUCCUGUUUUUGCAACUUGUGACUGGAUACUCACAUGGGACUCCCAAGUGAGUAUCCAAUCACAGCGUAAAGCCAGUUAGAAAGAAGGCCUUACUGACAAA